CAUAUUUUCGUGCACUCAUACUUAGUUCGAUACUCUUCCGCCUAGUUACCUAGGCCCCCGGGUUCCAUAACCCAACAUUGGUGCUCUCAUUGAGAGUGUCGAACACAUCAAGCGUGCUCCAAAAAGAAAAAUGGUUGCGUCAAGAAGAGUUACCAGGUCGUCUACCGCCAAUCUCGGUGGUGGUCUCAGGAUGACUGUAACGGCGCCGACCGGCGCAGGUCCCGAUGAGCUGGACAUCAGCCUCAACGAUGUCGCCAGCCAAAACACCACUGACCUGCGUCACCGCAUUCCCAGGCGACGAACGACGAACGUUGCGGGGUCUCAGGCGCCAACACAGCAGGUGCCCACCCAGGGCGCCGGUGUUUUAACUCAGCCUCCUCCCAACGGGCUGGUGCGUGGUGGAGGCAUGGUGUUGCCCGGUGAUUUCAACUCACCGUUCUUCCAGUUUGGGGAGACCUCCGGUGCGAGGACCCCAGGUCUAGACCCUAGCGGUUUUUGGGCCAUGAUGAGGGCGAUGAUGCUCCAUCAACCCAUGACCGGUUUCCACAUGCCGAUCACGAUGCCGCAACCGGCGUUCCAUCCUGAUGGGCAUCGUGAGGUCCAGCAGAACGUGGUGGAAAGUGCAGAGCUUUUCGCCCAACACCUGAAGAAUCUAAUGACGGACUCCCACCUGAAUCCUUUGGCUGGGGGACCCGAAAACAAGGAGUUGAGCCGAUCCCAACAGCGGGACAACGGCAAGGCCCCGGAGCGUAGGCCCAACAAGAAGCAAGCCAACCGUCGAGACAAGGAGACGGCGAGCAAACGCCGUGAACCCUUGAAGGAGGGGCAAGGUGAGAGUGAGUCCACUACGUCAAAAACAGAGGCUGACAACUGUUUAUUUUAGUAGUCUAUAAUUGAUGUUUUCAGUAGUCUUCCGAGCAGCUGUCUGAUGGGAUGUUAGACCUCGGUUUAGAACAAUUGUGCAAAUCAAAAUCUGACAACGGU